ACACAAGAAAACAUGACACUGUCGUAAUUACGCAUGCGCCAUUGAGGGCGCUUUAAACAAGUCUCCAACAGUGGAACAUGAACGCACUAGAACGAAGGCCGAUUCCAAUGAAAAAGGAAAUAGGCGCCAAUUACACUUGACCGCUUUGCAGAAUAAGCAGUUAUUCUGUAAUGUUAGUCCAAUAACACCAGGGUUUUAUUCGCCAUGACUAUGAGAUCCACUUUGUUUGCUAAUGCAGGAUUUAAGCUGGACACAGAGAAAAUUGACAAGUCACAAGUGGGAACUGCCAACGUUGUAAACUCCAUAACCAUCAAAAGAGAAACCUGUGACUUUGUCAUAGACGUCCAUGACGUGCACAGUGACCCCAAAAGCAGUGGAGGGGAGCUCGUCAGCAAAGGCAAGAUCCUAGACCAGAAGUGUGUCAUUCGGACCCCAGUGGUGGCUGCUCAAAAUAAAGCGGGAGGAGCACUGGUUCACGUAGACAGUUGGGAAAGCGCGGGGUCGCUGUCCUCCGUCAGACAAAUGGGGGGUGAGGGAAUCCCAAUGAAAGGUAAACCCUUCCUGAGUGACAGUAUGGAUAACAGGGAGUUGGUUUCGAACAAUAAUCCCAAGGACGCUAACGCUGAUGAGAACCCCAGGGGUGUCUCCCCUGGAGGCGUGGUCAACACGUCAUCCAUUGAGCUCAGCACAGAGGGCAAAUGGAGGAGCAUCAGGAAAAUCCCUGCGAACCCCCACACACAGGCCACCUGCCUCCGGCAGAUUCUACUGCUUCAGCUGGACUUGAUUGAACAACAGCAGCAACAACUACAGUCCAAGGACAAGGAGAUAGAGGAGCUGAAAGCAGACAAGGAGACGUUGCUGGCGCGUAUUGAGCGCAUGGAGCGACGCUUGCAGCUGACGAGGAAGGACCCGAGGGACAAGCGCCUGUUUCAGCCACUAGAGCCCUGGACCCCGGACAAGGAGGACCUGUGGGAUCUAGAAGUGGAUGACAGUCCACAGACUCAAACGCCCAGGUCGCUGCCCUUCAGUCGAGGCGGAAAAGGUCUCAAGAGGAAAUUCUGCUUCCUGGAUUCCAAAAACCCAAAGUCGCGGGGAGGCAAAGGCUCCAAGCUCACAUCCCCCAAAUCGGAGUGCGGAGCUAGUUCGCCGUGUCAGAGGGAGCUGCGCAGUAAAGAGACCCCGGAGAAGAUGGGGUUUGGUCAGUCGGCGGCAGAGAGGGAUACUCCGCACCUGACCAAAGAGGACCCGGAGCUUGCCGCCCAGAUGGAGGAGCUCCCUUUCAUGUCCACCACGGAGAUGUACCUCUGUCGCUGGCAUCAGCCUCCUCCGUCCCCCCAGCGCGAGCCGUCACCAUCUCCGAAAAAGGAGGAGGUCGUGGCCAUUCCGUCCUGGAGGGAGAACAGCAUGGAGCCUUUGGAUGGGGAAGCUGCCGGUGACCUCCCUGAGAUGUUAGACGACAGCGUCUUUCUGAAGCGUCACGCAAAACUGGAGUUGGACGAGAAGAGGAGAAAAAGAUGGGACAUCCAGCGUAUCCGCGAGCAGCGCAUGUUUCAGCGUCUGCAGCAGCGCAUGAACAAGAAGAAAGGUAUCCAGGAGAGUGAGCCCGAGGUCUCGUCCUUUUACCCCGACACUGAGGACGUUGAGUCCAUAAUCAUCACCCCUUUCCUGCCUGUGGUGGCCUUUGGUCGGCCAUUGCCAAAGCUCACUCGACAGAACUUUUACUUGCCUUGGCUCGACGAGCGAAGCCGCUGCCGCGCCGAGGUGCCCAAGAAGCACACGCCGCACCGGACCUGUCGAAAGUGAGGUGGUGUCGGUGCCUGUCCAGGGAGGGCCCACUUCCCUCCCCAGACCUGGAAGGUUCUCUUCACUCUCGUGGGAUUAGACUGCCACUGAGCCAUAUAUAGAUAUGUACAUGUAUGUAUGGUUUGGUUUGUCACCGGCUUGGCAUUUAACACCCCAAAUCUGUGGUAAGGUAAACCACUGCUGUCUUGUGUGGUCACUAGCCAGCUGGCCUGGAGAAGGAGCGUCUGGAGAUAGGGAGAAUGGCUACCAAAUUGGCUAGCUCUGGUAAAUAUGGUGCCCCCCACCAAAAAAUAAAUCAGUACCCGCACUUACAGGUAGGUAGUUAUAGGGUAAAACAACACGGUCCUUUAGUUUGUCUGUAUUGUAACAACUCACUAACAAGCAUGUUCUGUGAAACAAACCUAGGCAGCACAAAAAUUUCCAAAUACAGUGGAAUUCGGUGUGAUGUAUGUAGUAAUUCUUAGUUACAGCAUCAGUACUGAAAUGUGUCGCUUUUGAUUGUUACUACAUUGGUGUCACCUGAAUUAGUAAUUUGGGGACUUCGAUCUCUAAGGUCAGAAGGGAAGUGUUUUUUUUCUCCAUUUGACUGAAUGGCAGUGCUUGAACAGUAUGACGUGCACUUUCCUACAACUAAAUCGCAUGCCAGUACCUCUGUGACAUCCCGGCUACACCGGAACAAACAGCACGCACGAGCGUGUGGUACGUGCAAGCCAGAGAUGGUUUAGAUGCUGGCAGAAAGUGCUUCACCGUCAUGUCGUCUUUGCAAGAGUUCUCUGAGGUUUAGGGAUAUUGUAUCUUCCUUUGUACAUGAUGUUCAAUCGUCAUCCAGACUGCACUUCUGACAAGCCUCUGCAUUUUCAUGCGCUUAUAGAACUUUGUUCUAUUUGAGAUUAUUGACAUACUGUAAGACCUACCUCUCCAUUCUAUUUAUUAGAUUACUCAAGCAUUCUAACCUAUAUGUGAGUUAUUGAAAGACCAAUAUGGAGAGAUUGUUUGAACACAAUUUUGUACAUCAUUCUACAAGGAUCCAGCCCAAAAUACUGUACUUUUUCAGGUGUAAAGCUAAAAUACCACUCAAUGUUUUUUCUCCAGAUCAAAUUUACUAGUCAGAGUAAGCACAUUUAUCUAAAUGUCCUUGAAUGUUUCAUGCAUUUUUGACAUGUUCCCAAAUUAACAUAGUUGGCUCACAUUUGUGUUUUUGUUUGUUCUUGGCCUGCGUAUCACUACUGUCUGUUGUGGCGCGUGGCCAGUUUAUUCCAAGUUAACGUUUACAUGCUCCAUGUUUGGCUUAGACCGACGCUCUAAACAAUUUCCUGUAAGUGUAUUUACUGUAUAUUGACAUUUUGUGGGCACUGCUUUGGGCGAAAGGUUUUAUCAUUGUGCACUCUAAGGUGUUUGAUCCUUACUCUGCAUGUAUGUUUUUAUCACAAAUGCAGUAAAUGUAAGACUGAAAUGUCCUCUUCUGACGCGAACGUUGUUCAUAUUCUGCAUUGUCUAUACUUUGCAUCAUGAAAACAAAUUUGUUAUUCAUAAUUUUAUUCAGCAUGCUCUUCAAGUUGACAUCUGUUCAAGAUGAUAUACACUAGCAUGGUAGAGCUAUAAAUGAAACAUCCUUUCUGCGUAGUUCACUUCAGAGAAAAGUAAUGUUUGAAUUUGAAGGCAUGACACAGACCGCUUUAUUCAAAAAGCACUGGUCUGUUCAGAUAACUACCAUGUCUCCAGCCCUGUCGCCAACAUAUGGAGUUUGCCUGAUCUCAAUUUCUUUUAUGUUUUUUAGUAUGCCAGAAUGCUCUUAUUUGCUGUAGAUAAUGGAGAUGUAGAAAUCAGUCCUAAAGUGAAGCUUAGAAAAUAUGGCUUUUGUUGGCAUUAGAAUUUAGCCUGAUCAGCUAGAGCACUCAAACUGAAUGCUAGGUAUUUCCGUUGCUUUAAUUCUAGCUGUAUCUAACAAUAUUGGCAUCUAGCGCCUGGUGAUGUUAAACUUUUGUUGUAAUGUGCUAACGCUUAAACAUUAUAAAUCUGGCACAAUAGCUUCUUGCCUACAAUGCUAAAGACCACAAAAUACAGACUGGUUUGGAAAUUGUGAAAUUGGUCUUCUGUACAUAGCUUUCAGAAACAGAUGUUGUAAAUAUGAAAAACACGGCUGUUAUUUUUUUAUUAUUUAAAUGUUCAAAGUGUUGAGUACAUUCAAUAUUGUUCUAUGAUAAUGAUUGUAUGUUGAACAUAUUAGAUUGUUUUGGAAUAAAACGAAAAAAUUAACAAUUAA